CCCCGGCCCAACGCGUGCUGAAGCGGGCCGAGGGAGGUGGCCGGUGCUGCGCAGCACGGGGCUCUCCGCCGGUGACGGAGGGAGGGCAGGGGCCGGGCUUGCCCGUUACCUGCCGUUGCUGGCUGAGCAGCCCAGGCGGCGGCAGCAUUAGCUGGAGCACCGGUUGUUCAGGUGCAUGUGACAGCAUUGCAGCAAUGAGUGGAAUUUUAAAGAGGAAGUUUGAAGAAGUUGAUGGCACUUCACCUUGUUCCUGUGUAUGGGAAUCAGAUGAUGAUAUUUCUAGCAGUGAAAGUGCCGACAGUGGAAGUAAUGUCCAUCCAUCCACUUCUAAUCAUUUUACUCGUGCAUGUGACAGCAUUGCAGCAAUGAGUGGAAUUUUAAAGAGGAAGUUUGAAGAAGUUGAUGGCUCCUCACCCUGUUCCUCUGUGCGGGAAUCAGAUGAUGACAUUUCUAGCAGUGAAAGUGCUGACAGUGGUGAUAGUGUCAAUCCAUCCACUUCUAGUCAUUUUACCCCUUCUUCAAUCCUGAAGAGAGAGAAGCGGAAGAGAGCAAAAAAUGUCCAUUUUAACUGUGUUACUGUGUAUUACUUCACGAGAAGGCAAGGAUUCACCAGUGUUCCCAGCCAAGGGGGAAGCACACUGGGAAUGUCUACUCGCCACAACAGUGUGCGCCAAUACACACUUGGAGAGUUUGCGAUGGAACAGGAGAGGCUUCACCGAGAGAUGUUAAGAGAGCACCUAAGGGAGGAAAAACUCAAUUCUCUAAAAUUAAAGAUGACAAAGAAUGGUACAGUGGAAUCUGAGGAAGCUAAUACGCUGACGCUGGAUGACAUUUCUGAUGAUGACAUUGAUUUAGACAACACUGAAGUAGAUGAGUACUUCUUUCUACAACCUCUGCCAACAAAAAAGCGAAGGGCAUUGCUGAGAGCUUCUGGAGUGAAGAAGAUUGAUGUAGAAGAAAAACACGAGCUGCGGGCCAUCCGACUGUCCAGAGAGGAUUGUGGCUGUGACUGCCGUGUCUUCUGUGAUCCAGAAACUUGCACUUGCAGUCUUGCAGGCAUAAAAUGUCAGGUGGAUCGUAUGUCUUUUCCAUGCGGUUGCACUAAAGAAGGCUGUAGCAAUACAGCAGGUAGAAUUGAAUUUAACCCUAUCCGUGUACGGACUCACUUUUUGCACACGAUAAUGAAACUUGAAUUGGAGAAAAACAGAGAGCAGCAAGUUCCAACACUAAAUGGCUGCCACAGUGAGAUAAGCGCACACACUAGUUCUAUGAGUCCGGGACCCCAUCCGGUUGAAUAUUCAAUUGCAGAAAAUUUUGAGAUUGAAAAUGAACCUCCGGCUGCAGUUAUGCAUUCGCAGUCAGCCGAGGACUUGGACUGCCCUGGGGAAGAGGAGGAAGAGGAAGAUGGGAGUAGCUUUUGUAGUGGAGUUACAGAUUCUAGCACACAGAGUUUAGCCCCUAGUGAAUCAGAUGAUGAUGAAGAGGAAGAGGAAGAUGAGGAGGAAGAUGAGGAGGAAGAAAAAGCAGAUGAUUUUGUAGAAAGCAUGGGCUCCCAUGCUGAUAUGGUGCCUCUUCCUUCUGUCCUUUGCUACUCUGAUGGAACUGCUGUGCAUGAAAACCACUCUAAAAAUGCCUCAUACUAUACUAACUCUUCAAAUCUGUAUUACCAAAUAGAGAGCCACGUUGCUGGCACUGCUAACCAGAUCAGUGAGACUUACUCAGAAAGGGAUGCUGUCAAGAAUGGUAGUCUUUCUCUGGUGCCUUACAACAUGACUUCAGAACAGUUUGUUGACUACACACGGCAAUCAGAGGAAACUUUUAGCAGCGCUCACUACCCUUCUGCAAACCCCUCAGUGAUUGUUUGCUGCUCAUCUUCUGAAGGUGAUAGCAGUGCUCCCUGUAACAGUUUAUAUAUUGAGCAUAGGCCAAGUCACCCUCAAGUGGAAUUUCACUCAUAUUUGAAAGGUCCUUCUCAAGAUGGGUUUGUUUCAGCUUUGAAUGGUGACAGUCAUGUACAGGAGCACCCUGCUGAGAAUUCAUUAAACCUCCCAGAAAAGAGCAGACUGCAUGAAGAGUGCAUCAAAUCACCAGUGGUAGAAACGGUACCUGUUUAAUAUUAAAUUUAUUCUAGGACUGACUUCCUGUAUCAAAGUGCACUCAUGCUGGAUUUCCUGGAAACUUACUUUUUUAAGAGGUAGACAACACUUGGACUACAGUCAAUGUUCCAGACACAUUUUGUUUUCUCAAGCUACACUGGCAGUGAUAAUUGCACAAAACCAGUUCAUGUAAAGAUUUAAAUAAGAAUAAUCAAACUGUCUUUUGAUAAAAACGAAACACCUAAGUAAAACCACACCCAACAUCUCAAAGUAGCCUACCUAUCAAAGUAUGUGAAACCUGCCAAGCUAUCUGAAUCAAAGCUUCGUGUUUUUGAUUGUCGGGCCUGUGCAAGAUUGUUAAAAAUGAUAGUUUGAAAAAAAUCAUGUUUAGAGUCCUAGUUUUCAACAUAUCUGAAAAGAUGGUAAGUUUAAUGUAAAAGUAACUACUGUACAAAAAAGUUUUAAUUGUUCUGUACUGUAUGUAUUUUAUUUAUGGUAGUUUAGUACUCAUGUUUUGAGAAAAAUGAACAGCAUGUUCAUUUGAGCAGAAGAUCCGUAGCUAGUUACAAAGAACAUGUCCACUCGUCAUCUGGAGUACCUUGUAUUCAUCCAUUUUGGUUUUUUAAUUUUUUUCAAAUACCAUUUCUGGAAAAUUCUUUUGAAGCGCAUUUUUAGACUGUACUAUUUUCUCAUUUGCUGUAUUUGAAAAACAGAAGAGUCAGAAAGGGGGCAUUUUAUAUCUUCUAGAAAGAUGAAAGGUAGACAAUCCUCCAUUUAAAUUAAAAUCAGUGGCAUUCCAGAACUAGGACCCCCUCCCCAAAGAAAAAUGAUCUUUUAUAUAAAGGCAAAGCAGUAGCUUCAGCUUGCACAGCACCUUUUAGCUCAACAAACUUUCAGCUAUUUAUGCACUUUAGUGCCAUUUUGCAGUACUGUAUUAACUGCGGGAACUGUGAACUAUUCUGGAGAAAUGCCAUAGCUCCAGACUCUGAGGUGUAUGUAAGAUCCUAAAAUUCAUUGUGACAAAAUCUAUACAUUUUUCCCGAGCCAGUUUAUGAAGGUGUCAGUAGGCAAUGUGUUAAAGCAGGUUCUUACUGGUCAGAAUUUAAAUGAAGCAUGGGGAAAAAAAAAAGAAGUGUGAAGUGUCUAGAUCUCAUAAAUAUUUAGCAGUUUUUAUGAAACGAGACUGGCUUUUGUGGACUUCUAAUUGUAUCUCAGACUUACAGAAUCACUUGGUCUAAUGAAGAGCCAGUAGAUUCAGUGAAGAAAAAUAGCUUCAAAAAUUUUAUAUUUGCUAAAGUUUGCAAGCAGCAUAGCGUGUGCAUCAUGGGGGGAUAUCCCUUACCCUGUACUCCAUUUGUUUUUAAAUCAAAUGCGAAUUAAAAUA